ACCCCCCACAAAUAAUCACAAGUGUCACGCCAAAGACAGUUGGAGUUUUUCUCUAAUAAGUCUCUGCUAACCAUGGCUGACUCAAACAUUCUUGAGAAGCGUGUCGAGGACAAGGACAUCAAGACUUCCAGAAAAAAGAAACCGAAGAGUGUUAAAGAGGACCCCUGGAGACCUGAUGGAGGCAGAGACCCUUUUGCUAUGCUAGAUGCUCUCCCAGAGGAGAAGCAACAGGAGAUCCAGAGGGCCCUGCACCUCUUCUCCCUGGGUGGGAGACUCCCUAAGACACUGGAGGAGGCCAGCAAACACUCGUAUCGAUUCUGGGACACACAGCCGGUCCCAAAGCUAACCGAGGAUGUGACCUCCCAUGGUCCUAUAGAGGAAGAUAAGACUAUCUUUCGUGUGGAGCCUUUUUCUUUACCAAAGGGUUUCCUCUGGGAUUCCCUGGCUCUGUCUCGCCCUGCAGUGAUGAAAGAGCUGUGCAAGUUCCUUAAUUCAAACUAUAUGGAGAACGAUGACAACACCCUCAGUUGUGACUUCUCUCCUGAAUACCUUUCAUGGGCCCUGUGUCCUCCUGGCUGGCAGCCCCAAUGGCACUGUGGAGUGAGAGGGAACACCAAUCAGAAGCUAGUUGGCUUUGUUGCUGCGGUCCCCUCUAAUAUUAGGACCUAUGAUACGGAGAAGAAGAUGGUGCAGGUGAACUUCCUCUGUGUUCAUAAGAAAUUGCGUGCCAAACGGAUGUCCCCAGUUCUGAUCAGAGAGAUCACCAGGCGGGUCCACCUGCAGGGCAUCUACCAGGCAGUUUACACAACCAGUGUGGUGCUGCCCAAGCCUGUAGUGACUUGCAGAUACUGGCAUCGCUCUCUUAACCCUCGCAAGCUGAUGGAUUUGGAUCUCUCAAGCCAGGGAAAGAAUAUGACACUCCAGUGCUCCCUGAAGCUCCUCUGCCUCCCUGAGGCUACAAAAAGUGUAGGUUUGCGGCCUAUGAUGAGACAUGACAUAGCAGGGGUACACACCAUGCUCCAGAAGCACCUCACCCAGGCCCACCUCGCCCCCAUCUUGUCCCUGGAGGAAGUAGAGCACUGGCUGUUGCCAAGGGAGACUGUGAUUGACACAUAUGUGGUAGAGGGUUCUGAUGGAGCCCUGACAGACUUGGUGAGUUUCUACACAGUCACCUCCAGGGUGAUGAACCAUCCUGUGCACAGUUUCCUGAGGGUAGCCCACUGCUUUUACUGUGUCAGCACAAACACUGUCCUGCCUGAACUUAUAGAGGACACACUGGUUCUGGCCAAAGCUAAAGAGUUUGACCUCUUUACUACUUUAGACGUGAUGGACAACAGCUCUUUCUUGGAGAAGCUCAAGUUUCACAGAGGAGACAGAAACCUCCAUUAUUACCUGUACAACUGGAAAUGCCCUAGUACUUACCCACAUAAGAUGGGUUUGGUGAUAACCUGAGUCAAGCCUGAUUGCUCAACCUGAAAGACGGUCCAAUUAAAACUUAAUUGACAACAAGAACAAACUAAAAC